AUGUUUUUUGAUGGGUCUCCAAGAAAAAGAGAAGAUAGAGCUGAUAAGAGAAAGGCAAAAAGCACAGGAAAGAGCCAAGCCGCUGCUACGAUCACUCUAAGACCGCUUAUUCAAGAGCUCCUAAUUGAACAGUUAGCUAUUCUCGUCCUCUUCUGGGAAGGAAUUGAUGGAAGGAAUCGGAAGCUUGCAACAAAGAGCUUGACUUUCCCCGGGAGAAGGACUAAUCUCAGUCUAUUCGGCCUUCUUGGGAAUGGAAUCCUGGGUACGUCCACAUUUGGGCAACUUUCACUAUGCGAGGGCUUUGGUCUGCUUCCUUCUUUUGAAUCACAGGAAAUGAUUCAAUCUCGAACUGGGCCUGACUAUUCAGUUGAAGAAUUGAUUCAAGACUGCCUGCUAGUAAGUGAGGCAAUCGAUCAGAACGCUAACAGCGAGAUGCAAACUCACCUUUGUCCCUCAAUCAAUGGGGCAAGUCGAGGCAUGUCUUCUUUCAAGCAAGACGAGUUAGCUCCUUUCUCUGAAAGAUGA